AUGUCAAUAUCUCCCGACUCCACUGGCGCUGCCGCACCCCAGUCCGACGAUCAUGCUGCCUCUCCCUCCUCACCUGUGCUCCACAACGAAACACUCGCAUCCCCAGCCAGCAUCUCCAACAGUUCUACCAACCAGCACAUCCACAUUCCUCCUGCCUCUCCUAGAGCACCAUCCGUCGAUCUCAUGGCCGAUUUGGAACCUGAACUGGAGCGUCAACGUCUACCGCGUCUGCAUGCGCUAUCUGGUCACAAUCCAGGCCCAUCCAACAAUUGGACAUUGACCUCUUCCCAAGCUCCUGGCGGCGGUGUUGAGGAUGCAAGCGUGGGAGCAGAAAGCGCUUCGAGCAUGGAUCACGCACUCGCUGGACCUUCUAGUCCCACCAUUCACAGAUCUCCCGGCUUUGCUAGAUCCGUCGGUCUCGCCAGCGCAGGAGGAGCGCUGGGAAUGGACGUGGGCAGCGGGAGUCCGAUGACGAUGCCCGUUCGAGGAUCAUCCAACACAUCGAAUCGAUCCCCCAUCGCCGCCGCUUCCGUCAAUCGACGCAAUCCCAACGCAUCGCCAUCUCUCACCCGUGUAGCCGCACCUCAUCGAUCGUCACCCAUCCAGAUUCGUCAUUCGGCGCUAAGCAGUCCGCGUUCGAUCUCUCAAGAUUCAAAUCAAGACGACGAAUCGUUCUCCAACGCGCUGGGGAUGCACACUGGCGCGGCGCAGGGUGAUCAAAUGUCUUCAUCUCUUGGUCUCAUCACUUCUCCACCUCGUUCAAGAGAAGCUUCCGCUACCUCUCCUCCACCCACCGUCUCUGGCCCGGGAGCGCCUUUGGGCGGACAAGGAGAGAGUGCGCCCACACAAUCCACGCUCAACGCUUCGUUUGUCGAUCCUCACGCUUACGCAAACACGAACGAGGAUUCGGAAGGGAUGCAGACCCUCGUUCCUCUGCGCAACGUCGAUGACAGUGCUAGCGGGAAAGAGCCAAGCAACGGAAUGGGCCUAGAACUAGGUCUAUCCAAUCCCACGCCUCCCGGCUCACCGCCUGCUUCCCAAAGGUCCACAGCGCAAGGCGUCUGGAGAAGAGAUUCGAGCAUGUCUCCUUCCGGACGUAACUUGGUCACAUUGGCUCCUCUGAACGGCAUCAGCUCCACAGGCGUGACUGAUCCUCGAUCGCCCGUCUCGCCGACUGCUCCAGGUGCAGACGACCCGGAGCGCAUCGUGCAGGUGGACGAUGGAGAGCCGCGUCAGCUCAACUCAGGCAGAAAUGCCGGCCCAUCAGGUGCAGGACCUAGCGUGACGGAAAUGUUCAGGGUGAUGAGCAGACCUUCUCGACCUUCUUCCGUCGUCGCUUCUGACCUACCUGCUGGUGCUGUCGGCGACCUUGCACAGACCCAAGAAGCAGGCCAGGCACCAGCAAUCUCCUUUGAGCAUGCCGCUUCUCCCAUCCCACCCUUGCCAGCGCCCACACCGCCGCUAGGCACGACCUACUCCUCCUUUGGCCCCUCCAAUGCCAAUUUCCCAACUCAAGCCAUUCCAGGUUCAUUUGCCAGUACCGGCGCUGGUACAGCUGCGGGCGCACCUCCUGGCACCACCCCUUGGGCGACGGCGACGGGAAGGAGAACGAGAAAGUACGAUUUUGAUAUGAGACGGGACUGCGAUGCGUUUGGAAGGGAGAUGGACGAAUUCUAUUCUUACGUCGAAGCUCCGCAAUUUAGGGAACAUUGGGAGGCUUUCAAAGAGUGGAUCGAUCUGGGCUCCGGCGCUGGUGCGCAGGAGAAAGCCGAGAAAGAAGGGCUUGACGUUCCAGGAGAGGCGGAGAUCCAUGCGGAUGUGGGCACGACGAGGAAGGAUACGAUUGGUAGCGGUGAGUAAUGAGGCCUUCCACCAUCUGUAAAGUCCUCUAUGUCUGACCGACUGCGCUUUCGGAUUCGGUAGAGAUGGAAUGGACCUCCUUGCCCUCGUCCACGCGUCGACGAACGCUCCUCCAACUCCUCUCCGAGCUGGAAGUGCGCGAUAGCCUUACUCGCCAAAGGGCGUCCAGAGCCUUGUUGUACCUCUUGCAGGGCAACUUUAGGGAUACGCUGGGAGAAGAACAUCAGAUACAGUGGAUGAUGGAGAAUGCCAGGAUGGUCAGAAGUUUGGGAGGCAUAGAAGAGAUCACUCGAGCGCUAAAGAACGCUUGCUGGAAGCAUGAUUGGCUGAGGUGCGUUUUUUUUGCUCGUCAUGUCGUCCAGCUUUGAAACGAGGAUGGAGUGUUGAUGAGUCUGCUGGGCACCGCGCCUACAGCGCAUUGCCGGAUGAGAUUCGCUCAUCCACCGAAAGUCAAUCACCAAACGACGCGCAAGCUGCUGAAAAGGACCCGAAUCAAGCUCCUUCAGCACCAGCGGUAGCGCUGGCUGACGACGGCAGAAGGCAGCCGCUCAUGACUCACGAAAAUAAGCUGGAUUUUUUGGACGAAAUCAAUCUCGAAAUCGCACUGCAUUUUGCUCAGCUUUACAUCCUCGUCGAGACUGGACGAGGCGAGCCUGAGCUUGGAGACGAGUUGAGUGAGUAAAGGGCGCGGGAUGCGGCGUUAGGCCAAAUCGUGUCUUUCUUUGCGAGUAGUGGAGCGCUCGCACACAGGGGCCGAUAUUGGCUCACACGCUGCGUCUGGCUCCUCAGUGUCCCUCGAUCCACCACUGCCCGUCUUUUUGUUCGGCUUGGUCGCUAGCUUGAGAGAUAAGAAUGCCAAGGGGUAUCCCGUCAAGAAACUACUGCUGUUGCUUUGGAAGACGCUCCUGGCUGCGCUUGGAGGCGAUGCAGACAUUGAGCGCUGCAAGAUGCUAGCGCGGCAGUUGGAGGGUCUACCACCAAAGAAGAAUGUGGACGAGGCGAGCGGAGAGAGUGAGUUUAUUCUUCGCGUUGGGUGUUGAAGCUGGAAAAUUGACAUUGGACCUCCUUUUCUAGGGAAUACGAAAGCGACGCCUCUCGACAUGAAGGCUUUCCACGAAGAGAUCACAAACAAAUUUCCCACGUACGAGUCCACCAGAAGACCUGACGAGCUGCCGCUGGACAAGAUCGCCACUGCUGUGAAUCCUAUCCCUGCUCGCAAAAUGUUUGGACACCACGACACGAACGCGAAUGGUGCGCAAGCAAAUGCCCAAGGCGGACCUGGCAAUGCGCAAGGACAGCCUGGAACGCCAGCACCUACGCCUCCUGCGAGUCCAGGACCCAAAGUGGGCAAGCAAAAAUACCAGACGGAUCAGAAUAGACCAUUUGUCUUCCCUUUUAGUAGGAGCGUGCAGGGAGGCAAGAUGGUGCCCAAAAGCAUCGAAGAGGCUGCACAACUGUACAAGGAGCAUAUGACCGUUGGGCUGGAUAUGUGGCAGACUUGGAGGUUGAGAGAGCAGGUGCUGCAUGAUGAGAGCGGUGUGGCCAUCGGGGCGGACGGGAAGCGCAUUGGCGUUGGUGUCGGUGGUGCUAGAGCCGGCAAUGGCCAGACACUGGGCAUCGAAAGCGGGCCGAACGCGUACGGAGAGUUCAAACACUCGUACGGAUCCAUUUUGAGUCCUAUCGCACGACGAGGAGAUCUCACCAUGGACGAUGCAGCGUCUUCGUCGCAAGGCAGUCGCAGUCCCAGCACUACCGAGGCUCCACUUUCCUACACCACCGAGCGACGCAAAGCUCGCAAUGGAAGCACGAUGAGCAGCGGCGGUCCGUUUUCGGUGCGCGGGGAACCGACUGCGGAGAGACUGCACGAGCUGGAGAUGGAGCUGGAAGCGGAGCUUGCGAGGGUGGAAGGGGACCACAUGCUCGCUGUGCUCGAUAAUCCCAAGUACGUCUCUCUCUGCAACACUUUGGCCCAGCAACGUCUUGAUGCGAGAAGACUACAAAGGGUGGACCUGAUCUAUAGAAACGCUAUACAGCAUCUGCAUCCGACCGCCAUUGUCCUCCUCAAACUUUUGCUCGCUACCGUUACGCAGCAGAGCAGCACGAAUAGCCCGCACUCUCAGGCUGUCGCGGAAGGAAUCAGUCCUGAGGAGGCGCCACCUCCGACGUUGGAAGACAUUGAUAUUGUGAGACAUCGAGAAAUCACGAGCAAGGCUGUCAGCGCCAUCAUCCUCCUCAUCAUGAGGUGGUUCAAGACGAGCCAUGCGAUGAAGUUUCACUACUUUAGCCAGCUGCUCGUCGAUUCCAACUCUUUGCUGCUCAUUCUGAAAAUGUUUGGACUGCAAGAAACUGCGAAUACAGUUCGAGCCAUCAACGAGGCGCCCAACUUUAAGUUUUUCAAGUACUGUGAGCUGUACUGCGGCAAGGAGGAGCGCCUUCACCAACCUGAGGAUACGUACCCCGACCCGCUGUACGGCGUCGGCGCUGCUGGGCGCACCACCAACAGUCCACCACCGCCGGGCGGUAUUGCUGCGCUCCCGCUGCGAGGCGAUGAGGUGGAGCUGAUGCGCGAAUACUCGUUUCGCAACUUUUCGUGCGCUGUAAACUUUUUGCGAGUCCUUCAAAAACUCACAAAGCGCAAAACGCACAGAGUGCUGAUGAUGGUGCAGUACAAAUCUUCCAAUCAGCUCAAGAGGGUGCUCAAGAUUCCUCAUCCUGGCGUGCAAAAGUAUGUGCUCAAGAUGCUCAAGAGUCAAGUGCCCUUUUGCGGUCGCAAGUGGAGACAGGCCAACAUGAAGGUCAUCACUGCCAUCUACCUGCACUUGAGACCCGAUUUGAGAGAAGAGUGGCUGAGCGGAGCAGAUAUAGAUCAGGACGUCGAAGAGAGCUUGCCGCAAGAACAAGCUUGUAGGAACCUGGUCAAGUUUUACAACCUUACCAGAUUCGGUAAUGGAGGCCCCCUUGCUGCGGGCGGGCAUGGACACGGACACGCGCACAGACGAUCCCUUUCCACUGGCGUCCCCGAAGGCGGGCUUGGCGGACCUCAUGGGCCUCCAUUGCCCGGCGCGUCUGCGGCUCCACAUCAUCCAAACUCUGGCCAGCAAGGACCAGCACAAGCGACGCCUGGUCUGUCAUCUCCCUCGCGCAGCUUGGCCGGCUUCUUUGACACCGAUCUGCACCUUCCGCCACUCAGACGUCGGACGGAGAGCACGGCAGGCACGCUACGGUACAUUCCAGACGACUUGUUGGAUGGUUAUUUGGACGAGUACGAAGAUGUGCUCGGCGAAUUGUUUGGUUUUCCGGAUGCUGCAGCGAUUGGAGCGGGUGGCAUGGAGCAGGAGAGUGGCACGUCGAUUGAGAGUGGCGCAGAGAGCGAAGAGAGCGCAUGGAGGGACGAUCGAUGGGCGCUGAAUCAGAGCGGCGCUGAGAAUGCGUGGGCUAGGCUGGGAGAGAUUCUGGGAGUGAGUGCGACGUGGAGGUGCUAUCUCGAUGCCUUUUUGAGGGGGUGGAACCCGCAGCUAAUGCGCCUCCGACGCUCUCGCAGGAUACCGAGUCGAUUUCUGAUUCCGAGUCCAUCAAUCUUGGAGACUUGGGAUCAGAGAGCUCCGCGAGCACCACGGACCUUGCGAAAGGCGCGAUGGAAGGAGAAGGCGAGAUGCACAUGCCUCCUCCUCCAGAAGGCGCUCAAUCUUGGGAACACCUUUCGCCCAGAGAGAUGCGUGUCUUGACGUCUCCCCGUCCAACCACGCCCGGCUCACCAGGUGCUAGGCGCAGAAGACACAGCAGGAGCAGCAGCACAGAAUCCUCUGGUUCGCCAGCUCGACCCACGGGUCAAAUCAGGCGCUCCUCUUCUUCCGGAUUAGCACACGCAUCGUCGGAAGAUGGAGCUGCUGCGGCCUUGCUCAGACCGAAUGCUCAGCGCGCUGUGAGGAGCAAUUCGGACUCGAGCCAGCUCAGACCUGUGCUCAGCUUUGGACCGGAGCUUUUGGAGGAUGAUCAGGAUGAGGAGGAGGAGGAGGUUGGGGAAGAGGAGGAGUACGUGGAUGAGAUUCCGAGACCUAAUCCUCAGCCUGGAGGUAUUGACGAGGUGAGAUGGGCAGUGUUGUCGAACCUUGCGCGCUCGGAUCGACAGCUCACAUCGCGGCGCCCGAUCCUUUGCAGGUGGAGCAUUUGUGGUCGGAGUAA